AUGGAUGAGUACACCUCCGUAAGCGGCCUUCUGUCCGAGGCAGAGGCACUCCUGCAGGAGGAGACGGCAGGCGACCGGGAGGCGGCCGAGGAGGAAAUUCUCCUGAUCGCACUUUUGCAGGAGGUCGACGCCGACGAGAAAGUGGCCGAGGAGGAGAUGGAUGCGGACAGCGAUCCCGAGGCGCCCGCGGGCGAGGCCGCCCCCGGAACUGAGGCUGUGGGGAAUAGUCCCAAAGUGGCAGCACCCAUUGUUCUCCUCCUCCCGUUCCCCCCUCUGUCCUCCUGUACGGUCAAAUUCCCGACGUUGUGGACUCCCGCCCCCCUCGUCAGGAGCAGGCUUCGAACGCAACCAGCGAGACCCGCCCGGCCGAAACGGUCGUCGCAGACAGCUCCGAAGGUGCCGCCGCCAAUGCCUCGGGAAACUCCACGGAUGUGCAGGCCGACGAGAACCAGAGCAGGGCCAACCUGUCCACGUAUUUCGACCCGAAGCUGA